AUGUUUUUGCACAUUGACAAUGAUGAUAAUUCUUAUCGCACUGAAGAAUCAAACGAAUAUGUGACUAACAACAUUGCUGGAACUACGAACUCAUUGCGGCAAAAACCUGGUGCCUCUAAUCAAUAUGGGGAGAAAUCACAUGUUUGUGAAUAUUGUGGAAAGUGUUUUACGGAGUCAUCUAAUUUACAUGUGCACAAGAGAACUCAUACUGGAAAGAAACCGUUCGUUUGUAAACAAUGUGGAAAGAGUUUUUCACAAUUAUCUAUUUUACGAGCGCAUGAACGAACUCAUACUGGAGAGAAACCAUAUUCUUGUAAACAAUGCGGAAAGAGUUUUUCACAAUUAUCUGGUUUACGAGCGCAUGAACGAACUCAUACUGGAGAGAAACCAUAUUCUUGUAAACAAUGCGAAAAGUGGUUUUCAUAUUCAUCUGCUUUAUCAAUACAUGAGCGAACUCACACUGGGAAAAAACCUUUCAUUUGUGAACAAUGUGGAAAAAGUUUUAAUCGAUCAUCUAGUUUACUUGUGCACAAGAGAACUCAUACUGGAAAGAAACCUUUCGUUUGUAAACAAUGUGGAAAGAGUUUUUCACAAUUAUCUAAUUUACGAGCGCAUGAACGAACUCAUACUGGGGAGAAACCUCAUGUUUGUAAACACUGUGGAAAGAGUUUUUCACAAUUAUCUGAUUUACAAGCGCAUGAACGAACUCAUACUGGAGAGAAACCUUAUGUUUGUACACAAUGUGGAAAGGCUUUCUCACGAUCAUCCACUUUAUCUGAACAUGAGAGAAUUCAUACUGGAGAGAAACCACAUAUUUGUAAACAAUGUGGAAAAAGUUUUUCACAAUUAUCUAAUUUACAUGUGCAUGAACGAACUCAUACUGGAGAGAAACCUUAUGUUUGUGAAGAAUGUGGUAAGCAUUUUGCACAUUUAUCCACUUUGCAUGCCCAUGAGCGAAGACAUACUUGAAAGAAUCCAAAUUACAUUGGUAUGAGCAAACCUAACUGUGUAAACAAUGUGUGAUGCGCUUUUUAAAUAGACUUCGUUUACAAAACAACAUAGGCAGGAAAACAACAGUUUGUAAGGAUCGUUUGGAAGACUUUAUUUUUAACCUAAUCAUAAUGCAGGUAUAAGCUACUCAUAUUCUUUUGAAAUUUUGAUUGAAUUUAAAAAUAAAUAGUUUAAAAAGUCAAAACUUUGGAAAUUUUCUACGAGUUUUGAAAUAUAUUCUGCCAUAUUCAUUCGUGCGUUUGGCUUUAUAUUAAGAGAAUAAUAAAUGACAUUAAUAGUUAAUUUGAGAGAAAAGCAAUAUUUUAAAAGCUCAGUUUUUUGUUUUAAUUUUGUUCAGGUUUUUUUAAAAUAAGAUCUUGAACAAUUAGCCAAACACAGCAAUGAUAAUCCAAUUCGGAUUUUACCAGAUGAUGCUAGCUUUAGUUAUCAGAUAAGUCAAUUUCAAUAAAUUUUUGUACAUACAUGUUGUAAUUUUAUUUUGUAACACCAUAAUUCGAUAACAUUGCGGCGGAAUUUCUCAACUUAAACUCACAUAUGUCAGAUGACCAAUUUUUUUUUUUUGAAAGUUUGAAAUUAACCGAUGAAAUUAAAUAUUUUUCAUUUAAUGUGGACAAUGUGAUAUUUAUUGUGCUUUGAAAACUGGGAGUGUUAAUGAUCAAAUGCUAAUGAUGGUAACAUAAUGAAGGACUGAAGACGGAAGUGUAUAUGGCAGUGGUUCUCGAACUUUUUUUGCUCGUUUAGUGUCUUUGAACAAGUUAUUCCGCGAAUUUUCAUGCGAUGUGCCUGUUUUAAAAAACGAUUGGAACGAGGUUUUAUCGCUCCCUUUUUUCCUUCUACGCGCCUCACAAUUGAGGUUGGGGUAGAAA